GUAGCGUUAAUCAUGUCUGGCAACUCUAUUGCUCUCCAUUUUCGUCGCGUUUCGCUUGCAGCUCUGGAAUAGAAUAGAAUCCGAUUUUUGGAAAAUAAAACACAACAAACGAAAAUGAAUCACCUGAAAUGGAUGGGCCACUCGUCCACAAUAAUGGAUAUACAGCGCGUUCUGCUACAUCAACAAAGCAACAAUCAGCAAUGCGAAGUAUUGCUUGUGGCCAAAGAUGGCAUCAGCGUACGCGCCCAUCUCUUCGUUUUAAGCACUUGCAGCGAUUUAAUGCGCAAUCUGCUUGUCGAUUUACCCGCCGGUCAGGAAGCGACUGUCAUUUUGCCGGACAUCCGUGGGGAGCUGCUCGAGAAUGUUCUAUCGUUUAUUUAUAUGGGGGAAACUAGUUUGACCUCUGCCCUGCUACCCGAGUUUCUGGGGGCCAUAAAUUUACUGGGCAUCAAGUCUGCCAUAAGCUUUGAUACCAAUCCAACAUCCAUGACGACCUCAAGUGUUGUAAGUGGCGCUAUGGCUGUUGAAGAAGCCAAAUCAAUAAGCGGCUUACAUAUUGCAAAUACUGCGCUUAUGGAGGAGGAGGAAGAAGAGGAUGCCGGAGCUGUUGUCGGUAAAUUGGAAGUGGAUAAUGCCGUACUCACAAAUCCUCAACAACAACACGAGCAGGAAGGCCGAACCCUGGAAUUCCUAGAUGUUUACAGCGAACAGCCCAAAAUCACAUAUUCAAUAGAACACAUGGGCGGCACAACCAGUGGAAAUCAGUAUAUAUAUACAGAGAACACGGGAACGUAUACCAUAACACAGUCAUCCGUGGGAAAGUUGGGAGUGCAAGGCAGCUCAGCUGUGGUCGACUCAGUGGAGACAGCUGAGCUAGGUGACGAGGAUGUCGAGGCUGAGGUCACAGACGAGCACGAAGAAUCCGAGUCACAAUUAAUCGAGGAAGAAUAUGUUGGAUCGGCAGAUCCUUUAAUAGAGAUGAGCGCAGUGGCGGAUGUUGAUAUGCACGAGGAUGGAAUGCAUGACGGAGACGAGGAGGAGGAUGAUGAGCUAUUGGAUGUGAAACCUCGUAAAUCUCAGCUCGAUAUGAAAAUUUUAAAAUUCAAGGCCUGCCAGCGUCCAGCAUCAUCGAAAGCAAUAAAGAAAGCAAUGACCAAACAGCAUCAGCAGCACGCAGCGCUUAAAAAAGAAUGUAAGGAAGAUCUCAAUGAUGCCCUCGACCUCGCAGCGACUGCGGUUCUUCACGAAGGCCUCAGCUUGCAGAAAGCUGCUGAUCGCUACGACAUAUCGAAAACCGUACUGUGGCGACGUGUGCGCUCGAAUCCAGCCUACAUGAGAAUAAAACGAGAGAAACCUUCGCUUUCGGAAGCAUAUGAACGCCUAAGGAACGGCGACUCAUUGAAAAGCAUAAGCCAGGAUCUGCAUAUACCCAUGUCAACGCUGCAUCGGCACAAAGUGCGUCUGGCCGCACAAGGCCGCCUGCCCCACUUUGUUGCUUGCCGGCGGCGUGACAGUACCCCAAAGGAUGAGCUGCGUGAGAAACUAGCAAAGGCAGUGCAUGCCUGCAUCAACGAUGGCAUGACCCAAAAUCAUGCAGCCAAUCUCUUUGAAAUACCUAAGAGCACGCUUUGGCGACACUUGCAACGGCGAACAACCGAGGCAGGGCGUAAAGUCAAGGAGGAGCAGGAAGAAGAGGAUGAUAUGAAUUAGAGAUCAUAUAUACAUAGAUACAUAUAUGCGUAAGCAUACAUACAAACAUUCGUACACAUGCAUACAUACACACAUGUACAUUACACUUAAACACCUUGCGAUUGUAGAAAUAAUGUAGUCCUAAGUUACAUCUGUCACUAAAUUGUUUAUAUAAUCUAU